AUGGGAUUGGAUCAAUCUUACGUAACUAAUUCGGUCUGGAAGCCAGACUUGUUCAGAGGGAAGGUUGUAUUCGUCACAGGUGGCGCAGGCACUAUCUGUCGCGUGCAAACUGAAGCGAUGAUUCUUCUUGGUGCCGAUGCUGCUAUUGUUGGUAGAAACAAGGAGAAAACCGAUAAGGCUGCUCAGGAGAUGGCUCAGUUGAGACCAAACGCGAAGGUAAUCAGCUGUCCCAACACUGACGUGAGAGAUGUCAAGUCGAUUGCAAAAGCUGUGGAGCUCACCGUUAAAGAGUUGGGUAGAAUUGACUUUGUCAUUGCAGGUGCCGCAGGAAAUUUUUUGGCUGACUUCAACCACUUGUCAUCCAAUGCGUUCGCCUCGGUUGUCAACAUCGAUUUGCUUGGAUCGUUCAACACCGCGAAAGCCACAUUCAACGAGCUCAAAAAGACGAAAGGCUCUAUCAUUUUUGUCAGUGCUACGUUGCAUUACUACGGUGUGCCUUUCCAGGUUCAUGUGGGAGCUGCCAAAGCAGGUGUAGAUGCGUUGUCUAACGCGUUAGCUGUGGAGUUGGGACCGUUGGGUAUCCGGUCCAACUGCAUCGCACCAGGCCCCAUUGCCGGCACUGAGGGCUUAGAGAGACUCGUACCCGACAUCAACGAGUGUAUCCGUAAAGUACCACUUCAACGGUUGGGCAGCACCCAAGACAUUGCUGAAGCAACUGUGUACUUGUUCUCUCCUGCAGCCAGCUAUGUCACGGGAACUGUCCAAGUUGUGGAUGGAGGAAGUUGGCACUUGGGCCUGCUGUCCACGCUGCACUUGUACCCUGUCGAGAUCACUAAGAAGAACGCCCAGGAAAACGGCAAGCUCUAG